CUACCUUCCCAACUUUCCUGAUGGAUGUGAUCAGACCGGUCUUGAGGAUGCACGCAAGGUCUUGGUUGAUGAAAUGCGAAAAAGAACACCAAAUGGACAAGUUGUGAAAGAGAAGAUGGACCUUACGUUUGCACUAAGAAGAAAAGAGAUGGUGGAGACUGAGCCUGCCAUAAGCCAGAUGUUGGAACGCUGGCCUGCUCUUUUUACAGAGGAUCAGGUGUUCAUGGAAUUCAACAGGAUUGUGGUAAAGAACCUCAAGCAGGAAUUCUAUGACAGCAUUGAUCAACACAGUCUUCGUCUGAUUGAGAUCUUUCAAUCUAGGAGAGGGAAUGUCGGACAGCUGUUGACACCGCUUUUACAACAAACCAGGACUCAAGAGCCAACUGAUAUUAGGUCACUGGUGCUCAGAGGGCUCCCGAUUGUCCUUGGUGACAGCCCCACAGACUUCUUCAUCGCAUGCUUUGACUCUGAUGAUAACUCAUUCCGCCACCUUGACUUCAGAAUCAUCCUUGUUGAGCAUGAAGGCACUGUGUCCCCAUCUUCUCUUCAUCUCAGUCCAGCCUCGGUUAAAAUCAUCAUUGAGGGAGAAGUUGUGAUGGAAGGCAUUAAAGACUUGCCAAAAGCUGUCUGUUUUCUCUUUGGACUUGCAUAUGCACUGCAUCUCAAUUACCCCAAACUAAUGAGGAACACACAUUCCAAUUCAUCCAACAGGUACUUCUCAUGUUGGGCCACAGUGACUUGA